AUGCUGUGGAAUAAUAGAAUGCUAAGUAGCGGCGACGAGGGCAGGCCGGCCGAUCAAUCGGCGGGCCGUGCAUCGAGCGGUGGUGGCUGCAUUCCGACGCCGCGCCGCCCGCGCCCCGCGGCCCCCUCCCGCGCCCCGCGUCCUUCCGGCGCUCGUCACGUGACGUGCCGAUUAGCCGCCGAGUGUGCCACCGCGACCAAAAUAGAGCGCGCGCACACAAUCUCGCAUCGCGCCCGACUCCGCCGGCUCUCACGCCUCCUUUCCGUCUGUUGUCUGACGUCGGCGAAUGCCUCGCGCGGCCGACGCCGAACCGCUUUUGCACCGAACGCCACGAGUGAA